AUGCCAUUCACAACUCCGUCGUACAUUCCCAAGCUUCCUUUCGAUCCCCCGGACUCUGUACCAAUCCAUGAAUUUCUGUUCAGUGAUGGAAACAAGUAUGGGCGUUAUCCAAUUGCGGACUCAUUACCGCCAUUUACUUGUGGCAUCACCGGAAAAUCUCACUCUGCCGCCAAUGUGAAGGAUCGUAUAGGAUGGCUUUCGGCUGCUCUCGCGUCAGAAUUGGGCUUUGAUGUUAAUAAUGGGAGCGAGUUCGAUAAGGUCAUAGGGCUGUUUAGCUUCAAUACGGCAUAUCGAUACUAUGCUCGUCUCAUGGGCAGCACAUCGCUUCUCAGGGAUUUCAUCGCCGAUCAGCCCCUCAUAUUCGACAGCAGAGCUCACGAGACAGCUCAAAGCGCCUUCGAAGCGGCUCUUGCAGCGGGCAUUCCCAAGGCGCGUGUAUACCUACUGGAAAUCCCCGAAAAAGCACUGAGAGGCGCCAACGUGCCCACAGAUAUCAAGUCGGUUGACGAACUCAUUGCUGAAGGAAAGAAGCUGGAUCCUCUUCCCCAACUGAAAUGGUCACAGGGUCAAGGUGCCCGCCAGACGGCCUUCUUAUGUUCCUCAAGUGGAACGUCUGGGCUGCCACCAGAGGCCUUACUUGCUGUACUCCCCAUGAGCCACAGUUACGCCCUGAUUGUCACUGGGCAUGCUGGAGUGUAUAGAGGCUACAAUGCCGUUGUGCUACCCGGAUUUGACCUUAUUGAUGUGCUCGAAGCAGUACAGAAGCAGCAUAUAGAAACUCUGUGGAUGGUUCCCCCAAUGAUCGUGGCCUUGAUUAAGAACUCAGAGACUGCCGGGAAGUAUAAUCUCAAACACGUCAAAAGCACUGUAGUUGGCGCCUCAAAUCUCACAAAGGAGGUCAAUGAACAGUUUACUCGCCUUUUCCCCAACUGCCAACUUAUCCAAGGGUAUGGCCUCACCGAAACUUCAGUAGUAGUCUCUAUGCAAAACAGAGCAGAUAUCAUGUUUGGCUCUUGCGGCCAUUUUAUUCCUGGGUACGAGGGUCGACUGGUGGAUCGAGAUGGCGAGGAAGUGACGGAGCUAGACACGCCUGGAGAACUUCUUUUGCGAUCGCCAACAAUAAUGCUGGGAUACCUCGAUAAUGAGAAAGAAACAAAAGAAGCAUUUACGAGCGACAAGUGGUUACGAACGGGUGACUUGAUGGAAAUUCGUAAAAGCGACGAUGGCCACGAACAUCUUUUCAUCGUCGAUCGAGUCAAAGAGCUGAUCAAGGUCAGAGGCAUGCAAGUUUCUCCGACUGAGAUCGAAGCUCUUCUGUCUAGUCAUCCAAGUGUCGCAGAUGUCUGUGUCGUUCCACUUCCUCACGACAUCGCCGGCGAACUGCCACUCGCAUUUAUUGUGCGGACGCCAGCCGGCAAAGAAGAGGACGAGCGCGCACUGAAACAGAAAGUUCAUGAAUUUGUCAAUGCAGAGUUGGCAGAGUACAAGCACUUAGCCGGAGGUAUCGAAUUCCUCGAAGUACUUCCCAAGUCUGCGAGUGGAAAGACAAAGAGGGGAGAAAUGAAGGAACGAGCUAGAAAGAUGGCUGAUUUGAGCAAAGCGAAGGCUAUACCGAGAGUGCUACAGGUAUAUGUGUAUGAGACGUCUUCUGAUGAUGAGAGUGAAGUGGACGAGUGA